UUUGAAAUGGAUCAUAAUUUGACAGUUUUAAAUAUAGCUAAGAGAGAAUAUAUUUUAAAAAUAGUUGUGAGACCAUCUCUUAAACUGACAUAAUAUAUUUUUACUGUCUUAAAAUAAUUACAUUUUACAGUUCUAACAUAAUCACAGGAUUAAAAUGGUGACGUAACAUUUCAUCAUUUUGCUCUUUUUCCUCUUACUUGACUUGUAGCUUUGAUGGACCCCACUAUAGAUUUUCUAUAAUCAACUUAUCAAAAAUAUCCGGUAUCUACACACUGCAGUGUGCUCCAAAUUUUUUAACUUCAUUUAACACUCUACAAUCAACACAUAGUCAUACAUUGUCCAUGCACUACUCCUAUAUAAAAAGAGUAGAUGAGCCUAAAUAAGCACACAGCAACAGUUCUUUUUUCUAUAUAUAUCGCCUCAUAACUUCUACCUUAUAUAUUAUUUAAAUGCUUUACUUUUUCCUUCUUAUUUAAAUUGUAGUACUAUUUAUUUUUGAAAAAAAAAAGAUUUUAAGUGUUUGUUUAAUCACUUCUUCAUGGAUAAUGCAACCCUAGCAAUGAUACUUACAAUAUGGCUCAUUUCAAUUAAUUUCAUAAAAAUGUUUUUUACUCACCAAAACACAAAACUUAUUCUUCCUCCGGGUCCAAAACCAUUACCAAUUAUUGGCAACAUUCUCGAAGUUGGGAAAAAACCUCAUCGUUCAUUCGCAAACCUAGCCAAAAUCCACGGCCCUUUAAUUUCCUUACGUUUAGGAAGUGUUACAACAAUUGUCGUAUCAUCAGCAGAAGUUGCCAAAGAAAUGUUCUUAAAAAAAGACCAGCCUCUCUCAAACCGUAAUGUUCCCAACUCCGUCACUGCUGGUGAUCACCACAAACUAACCAUGUCAUGGUUACCCGUAUCACCCAAAUGGAGAAAUUUCCGUAAAAUCACAGCCGUUCAUUUACUUUCACCUCUAAGACUUGAUGCAUGUCAAUCUCUUAGACAAGCCAAGGUGCAACAACUUUAUCAAUACGUACAAGAAUGUGCUCAAAAAGGACAAUCAAUUGAUAUCGGUAAAGCUGCAUUUACAACAUCGUUAAAUCUUUUAUCAAAACUAUUUUUUUCAAAGGAAUUAGCUUGCCAUAAAUCUCAUGAAUCUCAAGAAUUUAAACAAUUAAUUUGGAAUAUAAUGGAAGAUAUUGGUAAACCUAAUUAUGCAGAUUAUUUUCCAAUAUUAGGAUGUAUUGAUCCAUUAGGGAUUAGAAGAAGAUUAGCAGCUAAUUUUGAUAAAUUAAUUGCUGUUUUUCAAACUAUAAUAUCUGAAAGGCUUGAGAAUAAUAAAAACGCAAAUGCAACUAAUGAUGUGCUUGAUGUUCUGCUGCAAUUGUACAAACAAAAGGAGCUGAGUAUGGGUGAAAUUAAUCAUCUACUCGUGGAUAUUUUUGAUGCUGGAACAGAUACUACUUCAAGCACUUUUGAAUGGGUUAUGACAGAAUUAAUUAGAAAUCCAAAUAUGAUGGAAAAAGCUCAACAAGAAAUUCAAGAAGUAUUAGGUAAAGAUAGACAAAUUCAAGAAUCGGACAUUAUUAAGUUGCCUUACUUACAAGCCCUUAUUAAAGAAACAUUACGAUUACAUCCACCAACUGUAUUUCUCUUACCCCGUAAAGCUGAUAUGGACGUUGAACUAUAUGGAUAUGUUGUGCCUAAAGAUGCACAAAUACUCGUUAAUUUGUGGGCUAUUGGAAGAGAUCCUCAAGCAUGGGAAAAACCUAAUGCUUUUUUACCCGAGAGAUUUUUAGGUUCUGAUGUUGAUGUAAAAGGACGAGAUUUCGGACUUUUACCUUUUGGAGCCGGAAAAAGAAUAUGUCCCGGAAUGAAUUUGGCUAUUAGAAUGUUGACUUUGAUGUUGGCUACUUUACUUCAAUUUUUUGAUUGGAAACUUGAAGAAGGUAUGAAUCCACAAGAUUUAGACAUGGAUGAAAAAUUUGGGAUUGCUUUACAAAAGACCAAGCCUCUUGAAAUCAUUCCAUCCCGUAGGCAUUGAAUUUCAAUUUAUUGGAUUCAUAUGUUUUUUUCUUGUUAAUUCACUCACCUUAUUUUGUAAUUUGUUUAUGUUAUUUUUUUACUUCAACAUUCGUUCAGGUUUGUUUUAUUAAUUUAAUUAAGAUUCAUGUAUCGUUUUUUAUUCAUCCAUUGUUGAAUGAAAAAUUGUCAAUUGUUAGUAAA